AUGGCGAAUCAGUUAGAAAAAUUUAUCAGACGCUUGCCGAUUGCUAUAAGUGUGAAAGACAGAUUAAAGUCGAAAAAAGACCAGGAUCAUGCUUAUUUGGAACAUAAUAUCAGCUGUGCUCUAACUAUUGCGUCCUCAUUAGAAAAUGAUUUGGUUAGAAGUAUGCUUCUCCUGUUAUUUUUGGAAAAUAAGGUACAGCAGGAUGAAAACAUGUCAUGGAUGGAAGUCAUUCCUAGAAAAAGGCCAUCUUUCAUUAAACCUGAUAAACAGAAGAAAGAAAGUUAUAAAGUAAAGGACCAAGUAUCACAAGAAGUCAUAGAUGUUAUAGAUUGUCUAUACCAAGGAAAAGUCAUCAAACAAGUCCUCUUCAGUAUGAUGAAAAACGUCGCUGAAAAACCUUUCUUCAAUUUUCCAGAAGAAUUAUGUGCAGCAGUAACAAAAAUGACAAAUCAAAAUGGCCGUUAUAAUGAGAGUGACGUUUCUGAAAAUCAUUUAAUGGAGAGGAAGGUUUUCCUAACACCUACAAAAUUCGUUUUCUUGCCAAAGGAACCCGUAUUUAAGAACAGAAUUUUUCGUCAGUACAAUGAAGAUUUCUUUGUUAGGCUCGUCUAUCGAGAUGAUAACUUUGAAAAAAUUAGCGCAAUGGAGUCGAGUACACUAAAUGAGGUAUUAGUUGAUAUGAAACAGAUUUUCUUGGAGAGGUUUAUCAUUCAGGACCGCCAUUACGAGUUUUUAGGUUGUUCCAACAGUCAACUACAAGAACAUAGUUUCUGGUUCUUCAGCUCCUAUGAUGGAAUAACAACAGACUACAUAAGACACAAAGCUGGGGACCUAUACAAAGAAAGAUGUGUUGCUUCGUACUUGUCCCUUUUCGGACUCUGCUUUUCUUCAUCGUUCCACACAUUGAACAUUGGGGAAAACGGGGAAGAAGUAAAAUAUGAAAGUGAUGUCAAAAGAAAUGGGUUUUGCUUUACUGAUGGAAUUGGAAAGAUUUCAACAAGGCUUGCUGUCGAGGUUUGUAAGAUAAUGGGCUUGAAGACCGUUCCAUCUGCGUUCCAGAUACGAUAUGGUGGAUGUAAAGGUGUGGUUGCACAAGAUCCUUCUUUUGGAACGGAGAGAAAGGUUCUUGUAAUUAGAGAGAGCAUGAAAAAGUUUGAGUCCAAUUCCUCAAGUCUGGAAGUGUUACAGUAUUCACGCCCAGGUAUCAGGCCCACUGCACCUGAACAGACAAGUUAUAACUUUGUUAUCGGGAUUGGAAUUCCAAAUGAUGUGUUCCAAAAUCUUCAAGAGACGAUGUUGUUUGACUUAGCAGAUAUGUUUCUACACAACGACACGGCUCUAUUGAGUUUAAAAGAGUUACCAAUAGCAAUCAAUUUCAAAGAUCUUUUCGAAAAAGGGGUAAACUUAGUUCGAGAGCCUUUUGUACGGUCUCUGCUCCUAGCAAUAUUCCAACAAAGAGCAGAUGACCUUAAAAAGAGAUCACGGAUUCAAAUACCUCUACAUAAUGGAAGGUAUAUGAUGGGUACAUCGGAUGAAACUCAAACACUUAAAUAUGGACAAGUGUUUAUUCAAUAUUCAAAAGAACUUGACCAGCCACUUAAAGACGUACAAAUGGUUCUUGGCAAAGUUGUGGUCACAAAGAAUCCAUGUUUUCAUCCUGGGGAUAUUCGAAUUUUUGACGCAGUCAAUAAUCCUCAUCUUAGACAUAUGGUAGAUUGCAUUGUUUUCCCUCAACUUGGUUCCAGACCACAUCCUGACGAAAUGUCUGGAUCAGAUCUCGAUGGGGACGAGUAUUUUGUUUGCUGGGAUGAACGAUUUCACGGAUUCGAAAAUCAAGAACCAGUGGUUUUUCCCAAGACAGCGAAAAAGUCUUCAAUAUCUAAUGUUCAUUUGACGGAUAUGGUGGAUUUCUUGGUCAAUUACAUAAAAAAUGACAACCUUGGAAUUAUAGCAAAUGCUCACCUAGCUAUGGCAGAUAGUGAACCUAAAGGCAUUUUUUUCCGAUUCCUGUCGUGA